UGAUGAUCUGAAGCACGCUGGGAUCUACCUCCUCUACUGUACUGGCUCUUAUUGUGGAAGGACUGCGUCUUUUUUUUUACCCUGCCUGUGCAAGUUGCAAAAUGACGGAUAGGAAAUCAAACACUUGAGGAUUGCUGGGAUAUUUCUGCAUGACAGUUUGUCGUCGACAGGCGUGGGUUUCAUCCUGGUUAUUGAUCGCCGGCAAGACAGAUGGGCGGCUGUCAAGGGGACCCUGCUUCGUAUCGCAGGCUCCUUCCCAGGGAACCUCCAGCUGGUUCUGGUUCUGAGGCCCACCACCCUCCUGCAGCGCACGCUCUCCGACAUCCUCUUCAAGUUCAACAAGGAUGAGUUCAAGAUGAAAGUGCCGGUGAUUAUGCUCAGCUCUAUAACUGAGCUGCACUCGUACAUCGACCGCAGCCAGCUGACCCAGGAGCUCGGAGGAACGCAGGAGUACCACCAUGAGAAGUGGAUCUCACACCGCACUGCUAUUGAAGGCUUCGCACUGAUGGUAAAGAAAACAGCUCAGACCCUGCAGUCGUUUGGGAGUGAACUGGCAGAAACUGAACUCCCAAAUGAAAUCCAGGCCACGACCCUCCUGCUGAGCACACACACCAGCAAGAAAGACAAAACGAAGGAGGACAUUCUGGUGGCUCUGGGUCAAGGCAGCCGGCUGCUGGAGAGCAUCAAUGAGCCGGUGGUGCGAGACCCCGACCACAACAUGAACCAGGAUGAGCUGGAGAACCUUGCUACAGUGCAGAGGCUGCUGUCUCAGCUGGACGAGACGGAAAGGGCUUUCGAAGAGUUCUGGGUGAGGCAUCAGACCAAGCUGGAGCAGUGUCUCCAACUGCGCCACUUUGAGCACAACUACAGAGAGGUCAGGGCUCUGCUGGAUCAGGUGUCUGAGAAACUGGCAACCUUCUCUGAGGUUGGGAUCAGCCCAGCUCACGCCGACCACAUCUUCUGUGAACUCACCACCUACGAGGAGAGAGUCUGUGAGAUUCUGGACAAAGCCUUGGCUUUGUCUCGUGAAGGUGAUGAACUGAUCCAGAACUCCCACUACGCCGAGGACUCCAUUCAGCCCAAAUGCAGCGAGCUCAGAGCUGUCAGUGAGAGCGUCAGUAGCAGUCUGAGGGACAAGAAGGACCACCUCCUCAAAGCCAUGGAGCUGCACCACCGACUGGAGAGGGCAUCUAAAUGGGUUGAUGAUGGUAUCUACCUGCUGGCCUCUCAGCCGGUGGACAAAUGUCAGUCCCAUGAGGGGGCGGAGUUGGCCCUGCAGGAGCUGGAGCGUUACCUGGAUAAUGCCGGCCAGAAUCAGCUGACAGACCUCAGCACCAUCUGGGGAGAGUAUGACAUGGUGCUGAACCAGCAGUUCAGGGACCAAGUGGAGAAAGUUUUCCAGAAGCAGUCGUCCAUGCAGGAGAUGUUUGACAAGAGGAGGGUCAGUCUGAAGAAGCUGGCAGCCAAACAGACCAGGCCUGUGCAGCCGGUAGCCCCCAGACCUGAAGCCUUCAUCAAAUCUCCUCUCAGCUCGCCUGCACACAGAGCUCAGCAGGAGAAAAACUCCGAGACAGACUGUGAAAAAGGAAACGGCCAACUACAGAACGGAGACAGUAACAGCAGACAUGCCUCUUUGUCCGAGGAGGAGGAGAACCUGGCAGUGCUCAGGCGACAUGUCAUGAAUGAGCUGCUGGAAACUGAGAGAGCCUACGUGGAAGAGCUGCUCUGUGUGCUGCAGGGAUAUGCCUCUGAGAUGGAUAAUCCGGCCAUGUCUCCCCUCAUCCCUGCACCUUUGCAGAACAAAAAGGAGAUUUUGUUUGGCAACAUGCCAGAAAUUUACCACUUCCACAAAAGAACUUUUCUCCGGGAACUGGAGCAGUACACGGAUUGCCCAGAGUUGGUUGGAAGGUGUUUCCUAGAGAGGAUGACGGAUCUGCAGAUCUAUGAGAAGUACUGCCACAACAAGCCUCGCUCUGAGAGCCUGUGGAGGCAGUGCUCCGACUGCGCCUUCUUCCAGGAGUGUCAGAAAAAGCUGGAGCAUAAACUGGGUUUAGACUCGUACCUGCUGAAGCCGGUUCAGAGGAUCACCAAAUAUCAGCUGCUACUGAAGGAAAUGCUGAAGUACAGUAAGGGCUGUGAGGGGGCUGACGAUCUGCAGGAGGCGCUGACCUCCAUCUUAGGCAUCCUCAAGGCUGUCAACGACUCCAUGCACCUCAUCGCCAUUACAGGAUACGAGGGUAAUAUGAGUGAACUGGGUAAGUUGCUGAUGCAAGGCUCCUUCAGCGUGUGGACGGAGCACAAGAAGGGUCAUGCCAAGGUGAAGGAUCUGGCCCGUUUCAAGCCCAUGCAGAGGCACCUGUUCCUGCACGAGAAGGCCCUGCUGUUCUGCAAGAGGAGGGAGGAGAACGGCGAGGGCUAUGAGAAAGCUCCAUCCUACAGCUUCAAGCAGUCUCUGAGUAUGAGUGCGGUGGGGAUCACUGAGAACGCAAAGGGGGACAACAAGAAGUUUGAAAUCUGGUGUAACUCCAGAGAAGAGGUCUAUAUUGUUCAGGCACCUACAGCUGAAGUAAAAACCACUUGGGUGAAUGAGAUCAGGAAAGUUCUGACAACCCAGCUGCAGGCAUGCAGAGCCAGCCAGCAGAGGGCUCCAGACCAGAUAUUCCAGUUUCCACCUGUGCCCAGUGGAACAGUAAAUCUCAGUCCUUUCAAGACAAGUCAGAAGAGCUUUAAAAAGGGAGAGGAGAAGAAAGUUGAGCCCUUCAGCCCUGAUGUCAACUCCUCUUCCUCACCAAAGCCCACAGGAAAAGACGAGGCUGUGACCAGCCCGACCUCAGACAGAGCUGCUGUGGCUAAAAAGCGCUUUACUUUGCAGGGCUUCAGUAACCUCAAAGCUCAGAAAGAGCCCUCAAGUGCUGAUGACAAAAGUUUUACUUUACCCAUGACCAUCUUCCUAUCAGCAGGAUCUCCCACCAGCCCAGAUCACAAGACCAAACGCCAAAGUGACCCCACGCCGUUUGGCUUCAAAGAUUCAGGUCCUCCUCCCCUCCACCUGAGCAGAACCAGGUGGUUCAGCACCUCUAGUCUCUUACAGACAAAGUUCAGAGGCUGGAACAAGGCCUCGCUGUCACUGGACGCCUCGGAGGAGCAUGACGGCUACUCCAGCGCCGAGGAUCCCCUGAACUCUGACCCAGAGGACGAAAAUGGGAAGAAGCUGAGUGCUGGUAAAUACACAGUGAUGGUCGACUAUGAGAAAGGUGAAGAGCUCUCAGUGAAGAGCGGAGACAUGGUGCAGCUGGUCAAGGAGAGCGAUGACGCACAAUGGUUUGUACGAAACCUGAACACAUCUAAGGAGGGCUGGAUUGCUGCUGCUAAUCUCAUCACCCUCAUCGGGAAGUCCAAGUCUUGUCAGUCUCUCACCAGCUCAGGUAUACAAACACUGGAAAAAUGCCCCUCUCAAAACAAACAAAAAAAAUUAUCUCAACUAACUUUUACCUUGAAAUAAGUGAAAAAAAUCUACCAAUAGAACAAGUGAAAAAUGUCUUGGUAAGAUUUCUUGAAAUAAGAUGUGAUAUUUAGAAUCUUGAGAUCUUAAAAUUAGCUGGGAAAACUUAUUUUAAGCUCUAUUUUACCAGGAUUGUCAAGCUUAGGUGUCUUAAAAUAAGCCAGAUAUGCUAAAAAAAAAAAAAAAAAAUUAGUAGUUUUUCACUCAAAAAUAGAUUUUUGCUUUCAUGUAACCUCCUAAUUUGACGUGUAUUAACCUCCUGUUGUCUUCAUUUAUGGGAAACAAAACUAUUGUUUCCUUGUCUGAAAAAAAUCCAAAAAAUCAGCAAAAAAUUCCCCAAAUUUCUGAAAAUUUGCAAAACCUUCAGGAAGAAAAUUCCAAUAAUUCCUUAAAAGUUUCCCUUAAAAGUUUUAUUUGGAAAAAAUCCCCAAAUUUGGCAAGAAAAUUCUUGUAAAUAUUUUCAAAAAAUGAGUAAAAAUCUUCAAAAAAAUCCUAGAAAUAUC